GCCUUGACACGCAGCUCUAAAGGAGCGAAAGGCGUCAAGCUUAUUGCUCUGCCGACAGGAUGCCAGCCCUUUUUUUCCUGACCUACGAAUCCAAAGUCUCCGGAUAACUCAAGAGCCGGCGAGCGGGAUUUCUAAAGGGAGACGGGAGACGCUUCAUCCCUUUCGCAAGCGACCGACGCGCGGGAUCCUUCGCCCCGCAAAGCAUCCCUUUUUCCCGGGCAAGAGCGAGCACCAAACGCGCCCAGGAACUUCAAAACCCGGGCAGAGAGGGCGCGCGAGCCCUCCUCGCGCUUCCUUUGUGUCUCCAGCGGCCCGCGGCAGACCACCGCCGCCUGCGGAGCUUUCCUUGCCCCUCCCGCUCCAACUAGCCCGCCUAGGCUCCCCUCCCGCCCACCGGCUUCCUCUUGUCCUGGCGGAGGGAAGAACGUGUUCGCCUCAGGGCCGGCAAGAUGGCGGCAUCGGCGGGGUCUGGCCCCGGGGAGCCCGCCGUGGGGUCGGGUGGGGAGCCCCGCGCUCUGUCCCCGGAGGAGAUCGCCCUCAGGCUGCAGAGCACAAGGCGGGAGCUGAGCAACAGGCGCAAGAUUCUGCUGAAGAACCUGCCGGCCGAAAGCAGCAGCCAGGAAAUCCACGAAUUAUUAAAAGACUUUGAGCUGAAGUAUUGCUAUGUGGACAAACAUAAACGAACAGCUUUUGUUACUUUGUUGAACGGGGAGCAAGCUCAGAGUGCAAUACGGCUAUUUCAUCAACAUUCCCUCCGAGGAAAAGAAAUAUCAUUGCAGCUUCAGCCAACCGAUGCCCUGCUCUGCAUUACCAAUUUGCCCCCUUUCUAUACGUUGCAAGAGUUUGAAGAGCUAGUGCGACCUUAUGGGAAUGUUGAGAGACAUUUCUUGGUAUACAGUGAAGUCACGGGCUAUUCCAAGGGCUAUGGUUUUGUGGAAUACAUGAAAAAGGAUUCUGCAGCAAAGGCUAGGCUGGACCUUCUUGGGAAACCAUUAGGUGAAAAUGUCCUUUUCGCACAGUGGAUGGAUGCUAAUCAAAUAACUCCAGAACUCGUACAUUCAAAGUGCCUUUGUGUGGAAAAUCUUCCUAUAGACUAUACUGGUGAUGACCUCUUGCAAAAUUUCUCAACUAAAUAUAAACCUGUGUUCUACCAACUUGCUCAGGAUGAAGACAGCUCUGUUGGUGGCUUUGCAGUAAUUGAGUAUGAGACAGCAGAACAAACAGAGGAAGUGCAGCAAAGCACAGAUGGUUUAACUAUCAACGAAAAAGUAGUCCACGUGUCUUAUUGUGCUCCUGGAGCUCCUGGCCGCAGUACUCUUGCUACACUUAUAGCAGCACAACGAAUGAUGAAAAACAACCGAAAAGGGUUACUUCCAGAACCAAAUGCUGUGCAAAUCAUGAAAAGCUUAAAUACUCCAGCCAUGUUGCAGAUGUUGUUACGGCAUCAGAUGCAUGGAUGUGCUAAUAAACUUGUCCUAGGAGCUCCCAUGAAUGUGCCUCACCUUGUAAAUCCAUCAAUCGGUCCAGCCUUUUUGCAUUUGAAUAAUCAGGGCCCUGUUUUUGGAAAUGCAUCAAAUUUAUUGCUACAAAAUUUGUCACAUCUACAUAUGGUACCACUAUCAAAGAUUGAGAAUAUACAACCUAAUUGUAAACCAAGUUUGCUUGGAGAGCCUCCAGCUAUGUUGCUUCAAACAAUGUUAGGAAUGGGGCCUUUACCACAAGUGGCCACAGACAUAGGGAGUCAAGGAGAACAAUUAUCUCACCAGACUCCAACUCCAACGACAGUGGCAGCAGGGAUUGGCUUACUGCCAUUCUUCCCAAACCAGCAUGUUACUGGGCAAGCAGUGCCAAGGCAAGCUAACACCCAGGAGAAGUUGCCAUCUUCACUGGAACUGACAGAAGGCGCUGGCUCUGGGUCUCAAGCAUAUCUGCAGAGCUUAACAAAUGUUGCUGCAGGAGGCUUUCAGGGAGGACAACUCCAGCCGCAGAACCAGCCAAAGAAUACUGACUCAAGCAUUGGUAAUUGUUCCAAAAAUCAAACCUCUCUACUUGGAGAACCUCCUAAGGAAAUACACCUCAGCACAAAUCCCUACUUGAAUUUAGCAAGUGUUCUGCCUUCUGUGUGUCUUUCAGGAGCAGUCCCCAACAAAGCUAAUAAUACUAAGCCACAAUCUGUAGCUGCAAGCAACUCAAUCAACAGUGUAAAUGCUCAGGGAAACACACCACAGCAUGCAGUGGAAAACUCUUUUAACUUCUCACGACAGUAUAGCGAUUACACACAGGAUUCAGUCCAGCAGUGGUAUCAGCAGUAUGCUCAGGCAUACCAUAGCAUUCAAACUAAAGUAGGAGACUUAGAAAACAGUGGCUCAGACGAAUCCAGUGGAGGAGUUUAUGGUGAUUAUGGUACCUAUUUACAGGUUAUGCCUUCAUAUUAUGCUGCAGCCCAAGGAUUCUUCCAUCCAAGCGUCUUGCCGUUUGCGCCUCAAAAUCCCCUGAAGGUGCCGCCAGUAAAAAAUGAAAAGCGGAGCUCUUCAUACCUCAUCACAAAUCCAGAAGAUAAUCCGGUAGAAUACGUUGGACCACAUACUCAGAGCUCCGGAAUGCAUUAUACAGAACUGUACCUUAAAAGAAAGCGUGUCUAUUAAGAUUUCUAUCUAUAUACUGUAGAUAACAUGUGCAAUAGUACCGCAGAAAUUAGUUUUGAUAAGGAAAAUGGUAUGGGGAAGAGGCUGUCGUCUUCCAGAUUAAUUUGUUUUGUUGUUGUCUAGGCUGACAGUAAUGUGUUUUAGAAGAAUAGCAAUCUUAUGGUGUGAGAGCUAGGCUCAAAACAAUGAAAUAAUGGAAGUUUCCUACUGUCUUGCUGAGAAACUGUACUGAAACCCUUAAAA